GAGGCAAGAGAGGCAUAGUCUCUGGACGUGGAUGUAGAGGCAGGGUUCCUGGACUCAGAUGGUGAGGCAAGAGAGGCAGGGUCCCUGGACUUCGAUGGUGAGACAAGAGAGGAAGGGUCCCUGGACUCGGGUGGUGAGGCAAGAGAGGAAGAAAGGCAGGGUCCCUGGACUGGGAUAGUGAGGCAAGAGAGGCAGAGUCCCUGGACUGGGAUGGAGAGGCAGGGUCCCUGGACUCAGAUGGUGAGAAAAGAGAGGCAGGGUCCCUGGACUCACAUGGUGAGGCAGGAGAGGCAGGUUCCCUGGACUCAGAUGGUGAGGCAAGAGAGGAAGAGAGGCAGGGUCCCUGGACAUGGAUGGUGAAGCAAGAGAGGUAGGGUCCCUGGACUGGGAUGGUGAAGCAAGAGAGGUAGGGUCUCUGGACUGGGAUGGAGAGGCAGUAAAGGCAGGGUCCCUGGACUAGGAUGGUGAAGCAAGAGAGACAGAGUUCCUGGACUCAGAUGGUGAGGCAAGGGAUGCAGAGUCACUGGACAUGGAUGGAGAAGCAGGGUCCCUGGACUCAGAUGGUGAGGCAAGAGAGGCGGGGUCCCUGGACUCGGGUGGUGAGGCAAGAGUGGCAGCGUCGCUGUACUUGGAUGGAGAGGCAGGGUCCAUGGACUCGGAAGGUGAGGCAAGAGAGGCAUAGUCUCUGGACGUGGAUGUAGAGGCAGGGUUCCUGGACUCAGAUGGUGAGGCAAGAGAGGCAGGGUCCCUGGACUUGGAUGGUGAGACAAGAGAGGAAGGGUCCCUGGACUCGGGUGGUGAAGCAAGAGAGGCAGGUUUCCUGGACUCAGAUGGUGAGGCAAGAGAGGAAGAGAGGCAGGGUCCCUGGACUGGGAUGGUGAAGCAGGAGAGGCAGCGUCCCUGGACUGGGAUGGUGAAGCAAGAGAUGCAGGUUCCCUGAACUGGGCAUAUGUGAAGGUGGACUCAGAUGGUGAGGCAAGAGAGUAAGAGAGGCAGGGUCCCUGGACUCAAAUUGUGAGGCAAGAGACGCAGGGUCCCAGGACUUGGAUGGUGAGACAAGAGAGGCAGGGUCCCUGGACUCGGGUGGUGAAGCAAGAGAGGCAGGUUCCCUGGAUGGUGAGGCAAGAGAGGAAGAGAGGCAGGGUCCCUGGACUUGGAUGGUGAGACAAGAGAGGAAGGGUCCCUGGACUUGGGUGUCGAAGCAAGAGAGGCACGUUUCCUGGACUCAGAUGGUGAGGCAUAAGAGGAAGAGAGGCAGGGUCCCUGGACUGGGAUGGUGAAGCAAGAGAUGCAGGUUCCCUAAACUGGGCAUAUGUGAAGCUGGACUAAGAUGGUGAGGCAAGAGAGGAAGAGAAGCAUGGUCCCUGGACUCAAAUGGUGAGGCAAGAGAUACAGGGUCCCUGGACUCAAAUGGUGAGGCAAGAGACACAGGGUCCCAGGACUUGGAUGGUGAGACAAGAGAGGCAGGGUCCCUGGACUCGGGUGGUGAAGCAAGAGAUGCAGGUUCCCUGAACUGGGCAUAUGUGAAGGUGGACUCAGAUGGUGAGGCAAGAGAGGAGGAGAGGCAGGGUCCCUGGACUCGGGUGGUGAGACAAGAGAGGCAGGGUCCUUGGACUUGGAUGGUGAGAUAAGAGAGGCAGGCUCUUGGAUUUGGGUGGUGAAGCAAGAGAGGCAGGUUCCCUGGAUGGUGAGGCAAGAGAGGAAGAGAGGCAGGGUCCCUGGACUUGGAUGGUGAGACAAGAGAGGCAGGCUCUUGGAUUUGGGUGGUAAAGCAAGAGAGGCAGGGUCAUUGGACUCGUAUGGAGAGGCAGGGUCCCCGAACUCAGAAGGAGAGGAAGUAGAGGCAGAGUUCCUGGAUGUGGAUGGAGAUUUUCUAUAUUUUCUACAUGAUGUCUGGAAGGAAGGAGCUGAGGAGCUUCCCAGUGAUGAUGCCAGCUCAGCUGCCAUGUCUAAAGCUACGGUGAAGAAGCUGCACUGGCGCUCGAAGGUACAGGAGAGCUUUGUCCCACUGGGCGGGGAUUCAGGUGAGCUGGGGCUGGCCAUUGGAGGCGGGGCCGAUUAUGGUGAGUUCCCAUUCGUCACGGCAGCCCCCGGUGGGGGGGCAGUGGUGGGCGAUAUCAUCUUAGAAAUCGGGGGAACUCCUGUGUUAGGAAUGACGCUCGGUGAUGUCAGAGGAGUCCUCAACUCCUGUCCUCAUCCAAUCAGAAUCAAGACUGUUACACCAGGCUCAUCUCUCUGUAAAGACCUCAGGUUGUACCUCAGCAAGUGUUUCACACCGGGCUCCAUGGACAGUCAGCUGCAGCAGCUCAUCAGGGAAAACCUGUACCUGCGAGCUGUGCCCUGCACGACCCGACAGCCCCGGGAUGGAGAGAUCUCAGGUGUGGACUACAACUUCGUGUCCAUCGAGGAGUUCUUCUCCCUGGAGGAGUCUGGAGCUCUGCUGGAGAGCGGCAAGUUCAAAGGAAACUACUACGGGACUCCCCGACCCGUCCACAUUGGUCCAGAAAGUCCCCCAAUCACAUACCAGGAACACCGUAACCUGCUGAGAAACUUCAGAACACGAAGCAAAUCUCUGAGUAACCUAGAGAAAGCUGUGGAGGAGGGAGACAACAGUGAGGAGGACAGCGGGCUGUCAGCAGGUUUGGCUGGAGCUCCACCCACCACCCUGCCUCUCAGCCAAUCAAGGAAGGGAAUGGGGAACGGAGGAGAAGGCAAACGAGCAGGAAGAGGAGUAGGUCCCCUCCCUGAAAACUGGGAGCUGGCCUUCAGUGACUCGGGGGAGCCGUACUACAUCAAUCAUAACAACAAGACAACCAGCUGGCUGGAUCCUCGCACACAAGGCAAAGAGACACCUUCCUGCAUCGAACUCCCAGAUUUUACAGAGCAGCCCAGCCAGCUGAAGGGUUACUCCGUUCACACUUGCCUCUCUAAAGGUCCUCGAGGAUUUGGCUUUAAUAUUGUGGGAGGAAGUCGCCCCAGAGAGUUUCUUCAGGUGUACAGCGUCACACCUGGAGGACCUGCAGCCCUUAACACAGCUGACAUCCUGGUUUAUAUCAACAACUCCUGCGUGUUGGGACGCUCUCAUAAAGAGGUGGUGGAGAUGCUAAAGUCUGUGCCAAUGGGUCAGAGCGUGGACGUGGUACUACGGAGAGGCUACCCAAUGCUCUACAACCCUGAUGGCUGUCCCAAACAGAGCCUGGAGAAGCCACCGAUCUCCAGUGAGACAUUCAACCUGAACCAAGGCCUGACACAUCUCACUUACAGCCAAACAAUGGAGGCCAACGGCAGCUCACUAGGGCCCGACCAGAUGCCCACCUCUAAUGCUGCUCAGCAAAUGACAAAUGGGAUGACAGGCCCAUCCACACCCACAUCUUCGGCCUCAGACCCUCUGGGUCCACAGCCCCCUUUAGACAGAGCUACGACCAAUCACAGUGACUCUGAUGGUGGUCAGUCCAGCACUGAAUCUCGAAGGUAUUUGAUUCGUUACAACAGCAGCACCCUCCCUGCUUUCUCCUCCUCCUCGCUCCUGCACCACCAGAACUCUAAGUCUUCAGAGAGUGAUCUGUCUACAUCCACUCUCCCCAUUUCAUCAGCUACGCUCCCCUUCAACUCCUCAUCCUCCCACACUCUAUCCAAACUGCCUGUCUCUGAACCUGAGACAAGUCUCAUUCAGAACUCCAGCAGCCACACCAGCGCAGACAAGCCCCAUCCCUCCUCUGCAUCUCCAGGAGUUCCAGCUAUUCCCCAGAAAGCUCCUGCUAUGACACCACCCAGAGAUGUCCCCUCCUGUGGCUUUAAUGGAUGUCCAGCCAACCACCAGGCCCCCUCCCUAGCUUCCAGAGGAAACCCCGGCCUGGUGCUCCCCUUGGGGCCGGGGUUACCCAUGUCACCUCCUGAUGGUGAACUUGUGCCAGUGGCCCUUGGUCGGAAUGAUGGUGGAGGGCUUGGAUUUAGCAUGACAGCUGGGGGGCAAGGAGGCCAGCUGGCAGUGGUGAGGCGGGUCUGGGAUCAAAGACAAUGCCCCUCACUGCAGCCAGGUGACACUAUAAUGAAGAUCAAUGGAGCAGAUGUACAAAGUCUCAGCUUGUCCCAGGUCCAGAGGGUUCUCCGGGAACACACCAAACAGGCAGAGGUCGUACUGUUAGUCUAUAGAGCAGCAGGCCCUGUCAUGUCGCCAGUCAUUACCCCCAAUUUCUACAAGUCCCUCCCCUCCUCUCGUGGCCUGACCAACCCCUCCUACUCACACUCCUCAGCUGCAGCCAACUUGCCUUCUCCAUCCACAGGUGCCUUGGUGGGGGGCAUCCCCCCACUCAACCAGACUGGCUUGGCCUCAGAAAGUCCCCAGGAGAGCCACUUAACAGGGGCCUCUCCUGUCAAGACGCCUGAUGGACCCCCAGUCUCUACCCUCAUUCAGAGUACCAGCUUCCUGGACUCAGUUCCUGUAACACUGACAUUAGAGCCACGUGAUUUGCGGGGAGUAAAGGAAUGCGCUGGUGGGACUCAUCCUGUCAGAGAGGGCUGUGGGACAGCUGUGAAGGACACAAGAGGUGGUGGAGUGAAGUCAGUGGAGGUGGAGCUGAGGAGGCGGCCGGGCGAAGGCUUUGGAUUUGUGAUCGCCUCUCAGGAAGUGACCAGCGCUCUCCGCCUCUACUGCUCAUACUCGCCCGGCCGUUAUCAGGCUCACAACCUGCCUCGCACAGACACACAGAACAAGCUCAGACGAUGCAGUAGUUGGUUCACGUCUGGACUGUUCAUCAUGUUGGAGCGACUGCAGUUGGCUCUGAAAGCUGUCAAGGACUCCAAACCCCCGUCCCUUAUGUCCCACCGCUUUGUGACUGUGCGCCGCGGUAGCCCAGCAGCUCGCAGUGGACAGCUUCAGCCUGGAGACCAUCUGGAAGCGGUGGAAGGGCGGCCGGUCGUAGGCCUGCAGCACCGAGACCUGGCCCAGAUCCUGAGAAGAGCCGGGAACACGCUGAGAUUGAGCAUUACGCCCAGACACCAUGACUGCUCCCUGUCAGCAGGAGCCGACCUGGAUGUCAACGGUCGAUUGGUAAAGGAAGGAGGGAGGUCAAAGGAUGAGUCCAAGUUCUACAGUGUGGAUCUGGAACGAGGUCCUACUGGGUUCGGUUUCUCUCUGAGGGGGGGCAGCGAGUACAACAUGGGCCUGUAUGUCCUGGGCCUAAUGGAGGGGGGGCCAGCCCAGCGCAGCAGCAGGAUGCAGGUGUCGGAUCAGCUGGUGGAGAUAAACGGAGACAGUACGAAGGGAAUGACUCACAGUCAGGCCGUGGAACAGAUCAGAAGAGGAGGACACCAAAUCCACCUGGUCCUCAAGAAAGGAAACGGAUACGUGCCCGACUAUGGCCAUGAGGAAGGAGGCCUCUCCUCCUCCCCCUCCUCACACAAAGAGGAGCAGGAUGUGGACAUGGUAACUAUGACAGCCGUCUCCCACAGCUCACAGAGAGGAGAAGGAGGUGUAGGUGGUACAGUAGGCGAAGUGAAGAGGAGGUGGAGCAGAUGGGGAGAGAGCAAACAAGGAAAAGGAGGAGUGUUACCUCCAGAUCUGGACUUGGACCUAGAAGAGGAGGAGACCAGAGAGGAGGAGAGGGGGAGGAGGAAGAUGGAGAACACAAGACGGAUAAAAGAAGAUGAAAGGAAGUGGAGAAAGGCUAAAGAGGAGAAGGGAAGUCACACUGUCAGGCAGAGGAAGAGGGAAAACCAGAGAGAGCAGGAUAAAAGGCGCAGAAGCCUAACCAGGAGCACUCUGUUCUGGGAUGCAGUUCAACCAAAGCAGCAAGAGCAACUGGCAGUAGGGGAGUCUGACGGGGGAGCGAGGGAGGGGAGGAGGAUGGGGAGAGAGGCCAAAAGAGACAGGGGACAGGAGGAGUCCACCCGCCACGCAAAGCAUUCUGGGAGCUCAGCUGCAGCUCAGACGGCAAUGUUUGCCUUCCUCAUGCCGAUGGACAACAGCAAGUGUCUGUCCAACAGCAACUCAGCUGCCAGCUACUCAGAGGUCCGCCUGUCAGCAGCAAGCAUCGCCACCACAGGGUGGAGGGAGCACUCUGCCUGGAGGAGAGCUGAGUAUCCAUGGCGAGAGGGGCAUGCUCCAGGCCCCUGGCUGAAGCCAAGCCCACAAAGGCUAACACAGAUCCUAAAAGGCAGCCGGCUUCGUGUACAGGAACUGGCAGGUGGCCUCUCUUUGUGAUUGGCCAGCAGUAAGGACAUUUUCUUAAAUCGUCAGCUGUUUUUUAUUGGAUACUUACAAGGGCUUUUUUUAUUGGCCUCCUGAGAGAAGCCCCACCUUUUCUUGCAUCUUACUUGAUAACCACACACAUUUUUGCCUGAUUGGCUUAGCAGCCCAAAAUGAAUUACAUCCGAUUGGCUGCUUUUUGGUUGAGGCCACUUAGUUGUCAGUGAAACAGCUGCAGAAAGAGCAAAAGGCUUAAUUUCCAGGAGGUUCUGGUAUUCUGCCAAGCAAGCAGAUCACCAUGGCAACAGAUGCUAACCUCUAAAAGAAAAUGUGUUCGAGUCUAAUCUGGAGAUAAAACGUGAUCUGAGUGCAGCCUAGAUAUGACGCUAGCUAUUCCCAGAGUCUCAGUCGGGGUCCAGGUCAGCAGAUUCUGCAUGAUAUGGGUCCACAGUCUGCUCGGUUCCGGACACCGUUCUUCUGACUGUCAAAUCAUAUGCAAACAACAUGUGAUGCACAUAAAAGAAACUGUCUGUAAUUCAUCUGUGUUAAUCUGAGCAUGUGAAUGACUCCAAUGAUGUUUUUAUUUUUAUAAAGCUAACCUGUAAAUGCUCAAAGACAUUAUCGUUAGAGAUAAACUAGAACUGGAGAUGUUGAUUUGCCUGCUUGCUUGUAAAGAAAAAACCUAACACAGCCAUACACACACACACACACAGAUGUCAGGUCCAGCUGUGUCAAUAAUCACAACAUCACCAUAGCAACGCGGGCGACAGGACACCAGACGAACGCCCAUGUUGGAGCACGCAGUAUGGCCUGCAGCUCUGGAUCAGAACAAGUGCCUCAUUUCUAAUUUUUAGACUUUGUCCUGCAAACGGACAGCAAGGCUGCAGGCAGAGAGCGACCCCCACCCCGCCCACAGUUUGUGCCUGUACUCGCUGUUUUUCUACCGUCCAACUGACACGUCUCCAUUUCAAACUAGAGCUGGCUGUUUAGCUGAGCUGUAUUACUUUAGAUUCUCCACAUUUCAUGCUUUUGUCAAACCUGACAAUAAAUUUGUUUUUUAGAGGCUUUUGGGGUAACACAAAAAGAAGUCAGGUAAUAAAGAUACUGUUCAGGUUAACUGAUAAUGUCAGUAGUUACAGACAAUUGAGUUGAGCAUAACUCAAUAAUUUGGAAUGAAGGACAUGAGACACAUCUGAAAAUACAACCAAAAUACUGUUAUCCAUCAUGUUUGAAAGUCCACAUCUUUCAUGUUUCCCACGUUCUACAGCAGCUUGUGAAUGAUUUGUAAGCCUGUAUCAAAUAACUCAUCUUCAUAAUCUGACCUGAGAGAAUCAGCAGAAAAUAGAAACUGACAACGACAAAUAAAUGAAAUGGGUAAAAGGAUGUUUUUUAUAAGUACGGAAUUAUACCACGUAUAUGAGCAAUCUAAAAAACUUGGGAAGGCAUUAUGUCAGUGGUAAGACCCCACUAAGAUGUAAAUGCACGUGUGUGUGCAUGUGUGAUAGCGUCCUUUAGCAUUGGUAACAGCUUUUUCAGUCUCGUCUCAGGGUCCAACAGUUGUAAAACCCAGAGGAAGGGUUAGGUCCCACUAAGGCCAAACAUUGUCUGACUUGUUGCAUCAUCACAGCUUCCUCAAUAGUUGUUCAAUAAGUUCUGAUGGACUCGAUGAGCUGCUGCUGGUCUUUACAGCUGACUGUACUGUACCUGCCCUUCAGCUACAGACAACCAACAAUCCAGAACAUAUUUACAUGUUUUGCUUGUUUGCACAUAUGGAAAAACACAAGAAAAUGUAAUAUACAGUAAAUGCUAAAACUAAUGCGUAACGUGUUCCAGUUAAUUAGGGACCUGAACCUGACUGUUACACUGAGAGGUCAUCUCAAAUCAACGAAGUCAGAUGCUGGAGGAAGAGCAGACCUGUCAGUGAGGUUGGUACCGAUUGUCAGAACCUGGGAAGUUCCUUGGUCAACAUCCAUUACAUAACACAAUUAUUUUUCCUGUUUCUUGGCAUAAUGCCACGUGUUUAUUCGGGUUACAGUCCAUAUCGAUGAGGAACAGACUGAGGUUUGAACAGGAUGCUGUUGUGAUGAAGCAGCAUCAUUUAAUAAAGUCUUGCACUUGACCAAUAAAAAGUCAGCCAGGUUCACUUCCGAACCUCGUCUGUAGAACCGAGCUGACCGGUGGCUGCAGUGAAGUCGACUCCAAUGAUCGGUACAUUUGUUCAGAAGUUCAGCUUUAUUGGUUGACAUAGCCAAUUAUGCUAAUGCUAAUUAAAGGCUUACAGACUUGCCUCACCAUCAAUUACACGUUUUGCAAUUUCUCUCUAUCCACAUUUUUCCUCUUAAUGUAGUUUGUUUUGUCUGGUGUAAACACAGUAAUUGCACUCAAGUGUACACCUAAACAAUCACGGCGAGACCCUCAAAGUGAUCCUCGAUCUGCAUCAUCUAGCAAACUCUCAAACAGAAACGUGCAGUAGUCCACAACACAGGACCUUAUUGCUGUGUUUACUUUUUGUUCCUGCGGCAGACAGUUGAACAAUAGGCGUGUAGUUUGAAGUGAGGUGUUUUGGUAUGCUUGGAUUUUUCUGUGCGAAACCAAGGACAAAUUGCUACAAGUUUACAGAUAGACCUACAACUGAUUUGGAACAAAGCCAACGCAAUUUUCUGUUCGGUCAGAGACGGUCCUUAUUUGUUGAUAGUCAUGAUCUUGUCUUCAGCUCAUCUGGAACAAGCCUAUUUGAGUUGUAAGUCAGUCUGAUUUUACUUCACUAUUUCAAUAUUUAUUAAUAUACAUUAAUAUAUACCCACCAACCCAAGCACUGCAGCACAGGCCCAUCAGACAGAGCAGCCACCCAGUGAACCUACAGUACCAACCUUCUCAGUGCCUGCAGCACACAUCAUUAUUGCGUGCUAACAGGCACAAUGAAGGUGAACUCUGAAAACACACAACAAAUCAGGUCCACAGCCUGUCACUUGUUGUCUAUACAUUCAUUGACGGCUCUACUGACCAGAGAAAUGCAGUGAAAAUCUGGGCGUUUGUAAGUGACCUCAGAUGCUGUGACAUCGUCAAUGACCUCGGUCAGCAACUCCUCCUCUGAGUCGGACCACGGCCCCCUUAGCUUUUCUCGCUCCAUAACUCCUUCAGUGCACCCUUCUCCGCCUCCAGGUGUGGUCUCCUCCCCUCCUUCUUCAUCCCUGCACCCUCAGGCAGUCAAGUGUUGAUCACAGAACAGGACCCGACAACUAGAAAGGCAGUGGUAUUCUAACAAAAUGAAUGUAAACUGCAUAGCAUGGAAGUACAGUCUAAAAAAAUAUAAAAAAGCACUUUGUGCUGUUAGGAAAACAUAUUAUUCCUCCCUAAUUGAGGAAAACCAAAACAACCCCAGGUUUCUUUUCAGCACUGUAGCCAGGCUGACUAAGAGUCAUAGCUGUGUUGAGUCUACUAUCUCCUUAAAUCUCAGCAGCAAUGACAUUAUGAACUACUUUACAAAAUUACAAAACAAAAUUAUCGCCAUUAGAGAAGAUAUUCAGCAGCGACUUCUUCCAAAUGACAGAACUCCCCCUCCAGAUCCAUCAACUUUAAAUUUACCUCUGCCCUCUGUCUCACCUAGACAGCUUCUUCCCCAUAACUCAUGUGGAGUUAACUUCAAUAAUUAUCUCUUCCAAUGUGUCCACUUGUCUUUUAGACCUACUACUACUACUAACUAGCCAACUAUAGGCCCAUUUAAAAUGUACCCUUUAUGUUUAAGAUUCUUAAAAAAUCGCAGCUAAACAAUUAACUGACCACCUGAGUGGGAAUAACCUGUACAAAGAAUUUCAGUCAGGAUUCAGAAAACAUCAUAGCACAGAAACAGCUCUGGUUAGAGUGAAUAAUGAUCUUCUCUUAGCUUCAGACAAUGAUCUAGUUUUUGUCAUUGUCCUGUUAGAUCUUAGUGCUGCAUUUGAUACAAUCAUAACAUUCUAUUACAGACACUAGAACAUAGCAUCAGUUUGUUCAUCUUACAACAAAUCCUCUACGCACAAGGAUUAGCUUUGGAGUACCACAGGGUUCUGUGCUUGAUCCAAUACUGUUCGGUCUAUACGUGUCACAGUCUGAGGUUUUGUCGGCAUUUCCUGUCUUAUUUUGUAGUCACUUCCGGUUUCUGUUCAGUCAUGCCCUUUUCCUGCUUUAUGUUUUAAUCACAUAAUCACACAGCUGUUUUCAAUCCGGUCUUUAGUUAGGCACCAGCACUUACCUUUGUUUUCUGCCCGAUCGAGAGUUUUUGUAUGAGGUUGUUCAGUUCCAGCACUUUGAUUACGUGCCUGCCUGUCAUCGUUUUUGCCUGUCUGAACUUGUUACCUUUUGGAUCAUUCCUGCGGGUACCGUAGCCUGAGUUCACUUAUCUUUUGACCCAGUGCCUGUUUUGACUAUCCACCAGCCUGCUGUCUUUGUAAUGUUGCUGCUCUGCUUACCCAGUUCUGAACUCUGCUUGUACCUGGCUACUAAGAACAUUUAAUUCCCUCUAUUUGAACCUGAGAGUCUGAACACUAAACAUUCUUACACAAAAAACUAAUCUCUUGUGCUGUACGUACUGUACAUCAAGUCUAAACAUCUGAUGUUCCAUUUGACUGACUAAUAGUUUAUGAUAUAUGUUUGUCUUUACACCCGGACUCUGGCUCCUUACUAUCCGACUCCCCACCAGACCCAAGGCUGUAAAACUCAGCCUCUCGUCUUCGAAGCACGCUCCUUCCUUUGAAUAACAAGACACGAUGAUGCAGAAGUGAGAACUUACACAUGCAGAGAGACAUUCCACCAGAGCCAGAGAAAGGGGUUAAAAGGCAAAAGCAACUUGAGGAUCGUGGGCUCUUUGCAUCACACCUUCAUGGUGUGUGCACUGAUUUCCCCAGCUGGUUUUUGGUUUGUUGAUGUGCACGAUCAACAUCCAUGUUUUUGAUUUGCUUUCCCCAUUAUUUUUAUUUUUCUUUAUUUUUACAAUAAAUCACACAAAAGACAA